AUGUGUUCUUCUUCAGGCAAACAGCGUGAAGAUGGACUCUUUGAGAGCUUCAAUGAUGGACUCUUUGAGCAUGUGUCCAUCUCCGCCUCAGUAGCAGAGCUGAAGGACACCCCUCCCUCUUUCCGACAGACCCCGGCCCAGCAUGUGGAAACUCAGGAGGGCAUCACUGUCACUCUGACCUGCGUUGCCAAUGGCAACCCCACACCUACCGUUGAUUGGCUAAGAGAAGGGAAAGUUCUCCACGGCAAUGGAAAGUAUAAGGUGACCAAUGGAAGUUUGACCUUGACAACUGUCACCAGGGAAGACAGAGGAGGCUACAGUUGCCGUGCCCACAGUCUCCAAGGAGAAGCUAUACACACCACCCGACUGCUGGUGCAAGGUCCUCCCUUCAUCAUCUCGCCUCCAGAGAAUGUCACUCUCAACGUAUCCCAAGAUGCACUGUUCACCUGUCAGUCAGAGGCGUAUCCUGGCAACCUAACCUACACCUGGUUCCUGGGUGAUGAAAAUGUCUUUUUCAAAAAUGGUCUAAAGAGGCGGGUCAGCAUCUUGAUUGACGGCUCAUUGAUCGUCUCCCGGGUAAUCCCUGAGGAUGCUGGGAAAUACACCUGUCGCCCUAGCAACGGGCUUGGCACUGCCCCCUCCGCCUCUGCCUACCUGAGUGUGCAGUACCCUGCCCGUGUUGUCAACAUGCCAUCUGUCAUUUACGGUGCUCUCGGUUUCCAUGGAUACAUCCGUUGCCCGGCCGAUGCUAACCCACCGGUAAACAAGGUGACUUGGAGAAAAGAUGGCCUGCCUCUACGGAUCGAAAAGCAUCCUGGCUGGACCCUGAUGGCUGAUGGGAACAUCUUGGUUGCCGAGGUAACAGAGGAUAUGUUGGGUACUUACACCUGCACGCCUUAUAAUGUGCUAGGAAGCACAGGCCAAUCACGAGCUGCUACACUGGUGCUUAAGGAUCCUCCUAAAUUCCUGGCAGUGCCGGCAGGGGAGUACAGACAGGAGGUCGGACGAGAGCUGGUCGUUCCCUGUGAAGCCGACACUAAUAUUACCUGGAGAAAGGUAGGACCCCCCUCUCACCAGCACGCCGUCCUCCCCCAUGGCAGUUUACACAUCCUGUCGCUAGCCAAAGAGGAUCAUGGGAUAUGGGAGUGUGUGGCCACCAACGAGGCCACCAGCAUUACUGCCAGUACCAAGGUGCUGGUGUCUGGCACAACCCCCCACGCCCCUCUGGAUAUCCGUGUUGCCGUGACGUCCAGUGCAGCCAAUGUUUCCUGGGAACUAGGAUAUGAUGGAGGAUUCGAACAGACCUUCACCGUCUGGAUUAAGAGGGAGAGUCUGGGAGCUCAUGAUUGGCUGUCGCUCCCGGUAACCACGAAGGGCCAGCACUGGCUGCUGUUGAAGGGCCUGCAGCCGCACACCAGCUACGAGUUCAGCCUCCUCGCCACCAACAAGAUGGGGACAGGACACUUCAGUGAAGUAGUCACUGCCAGCACACUAGAUUACCCGUUGACCACCCGCGAGCCACCCCUCAUCUUGACCCCGCCUCGUUGUCUCACAGCCAAUAGAACGCAGCCAGGGGUGGUCCUUACGUGGAUCCCUCCGGCCAAUCACAGUCUUCCAAUCGACCGAUAUGUAGUCGAAUUUCGAUUGGCCGAGAGAUGGGAGGUCCUAGAUGAUUCCAUCCUACCUGGAGAGACAGACUUAUUCGCCCGAGAUCUUCAGGAGGCCUGGUAUGAGUUCAGGGUGAUGGCUGUGAUGGAAGAUAUUGUUAGCGAGCCCAGCAAUAUAGUGGGAGUGUCCAGCACAGAUGCCUUCCCCCCACCGGAGCUGGCCGAUGAGAGUCUGGCUCGUCCCGUGGUGGCGGGCGUCGUGGCAACGGUGUGUUUCCUGGCGUCGGGGAUCAUCUUCAGCAUCAUGGCCAUGUGUGUGGUGAGCCAGCGCAGGGAGAGGAGGAGGAAGGCCCGCCGGAGAAGAGACCCUCCUCUCUCCAUCACUCACUGCAAGAAGUCUGUUGAGACUCCAACCUCCUCAGAGAAGGUGAGCCCAGUGAGCUCCCGAUCUGCAGGACCCCAGUCGGGGUCGUCCGAAGAGCGCCUGCCUGAAAAGAAACAACAACAAGUGCUACCUCCUCCCUCCCCCCGGCCGGAGAGAGAGAAGGACGUCGUCUCGCUCUCCUUAUACAAGUCUGCCAAAAGAGCAAUAAUCAGCAAGAGCUCCAGGAUGAGCAGGACCCCGGACGAGGCCCCGGCUCCCCAGGGCCCCAUCGAGCUGAUCAGCCGCGGCCCGGACGGACGCUUCAUGGCGGAGAUGCCCAUGGACAUCAGGGAGAGCUCGGGAUCACGGCAGGACCAACGGCACCGCAUCCGGGGAUUCCCAUUCGUGGAGGAGUCGGACAUGUACCCGGAAUUCCGACAGUCGGAUGACGAGGAGGAGGAGAGUGAGGCAGGAACCAUCGCACGGCCACCGAAGGGAGCUGGGAGGGUGUCAUACGUCCCGUCCACCAUGAGGACGAUGCUGCGCCCCCCCCAGGUGUCUCCGCUCUCGUCCAGUCAGGAGUCGUACCUGCACCCCCCCGCCUACAGCCCGCGCCUGCAGCGCCCCCUACAGGGGCCCCUGCAAGGCUACACCAUCCUGGAGACCUCCCGGCUCCGCCCCCCCGGGCCCCUCGGGCCCGCCCACGACCCAGGAGGCUUUGCGUUCCCCAGCGGACACUAUUACGACUACAGCCUAGACCCCGACCCCCCACCACCCUUCUACCUCGCCGACAUGAGCCCACUCAGAAGCUCAGUCAUGUCAUCUCCUCCGUACCACCUGGAGGGUUCGUUUGGGUACCCCCCUCCGAUCCUGGAGGAGCUGUGCGAGGACGAGGGGGAGCUGCAUCCAUUCUGCUCCUCUGGGGUGGAGUUGAGCUCGCUGCCCCUGAGCUCCGCCGCGUCGCGCUCCUCUGAGAUGUGGCAUCACGGCGAGCCGCUCCCGUUCGGCGGUCUGGAGGGUUCCCAUGGGCUCAUGUUCCCCGUCUACCACCACCACCACCACCUGCAGUUCCACCGUGAGCCGCCACCGCUGCUGCUGCCCCCUCCGCCCCCCCUCCUGCUCCCCCCCGCCCUCCCGGUCCCCUCCUCCUACCCCGGGGUGCUGCCCCUCCAGGCCCCCAGGGGGCGCCAUAAGAAGUCGCCCAGCAAGGCGCGCGCUCAGGGCCUGGCCAUGCAGGAGGCCCAGCAGGUGGGGCAGCUGAGACACACGGCCCAGGGGCUGGGCGUCCCCGUGCUGCCCUUUCUCCCGGAUCCUGAGCCUCGCCUGGGGCCGUUUGGCGGGCUGGACAUGCAGUGGUAUGAGGUCACGCCUCGGCUAAGCCCCCCUCAGCCGCGGAGGCUGGACCCCGGCUGGUGUGUCCACCCCAUGGUGCUUCAGCCCUCGCGCCUCUCCCCCCUCACCCAGAGCCCCCUCUCCUCCAUGCAGGGGUCCCCCGUGCGCCCCCGCCCCCGCCCGCGGCCGGGACACACCCCGCCCUCCCUCCAAUCGGAAGCUUCUGAGAUCACGCUGCUCCCGCCGUCCACCGCCAGUUUCUCCAGGAAGUCGUCCCCAUCGCCCUCCGCCGCCUCCGCCUCUCCCGGGAGGAGGAGCCAGCGGGGGUUCAGCCCCCGCCACCACUGUGCGCUGACGACUGGCCCCGAGGCGUCCCCCCCCCCAACCGCCCGCAGCGACGCCACAGGACAGUGGAGGGUGGGGGACAUCGGGGGAAACCUGUCAGACGCCCCCCCCUCUCAGCUCUCGUCUCCAAGAGGAGCGGAGUUGUACCUGAGAGGAUGGAGACCUGUCUGACAGAACCAGAGGACCAACAUGGCCUCACACACCACCGUGACCUUUCACCUGGAGGUCACCUGGAGGUCACCACCUGUCCCAACCCCACAGAGAGACCAGCUGACAGACAGCUGUCUCCGCCUCUCAGACCCACACCCUCUCCACUGCUCAGGUAAGAACCAUCUCACCUGAGGAAAGUAGACAUCUACCUGCCGGGAAGGAAGAACCAUCUCACCUGAGGAAAGUAGACAUCUACCUCCCGGGAAGGAAGAACCAUCUCACCUGAGGAAGUAAACAUCUACCUCCCGGGAAGGAAGAACCAUCUCACCUGAGGAGAAGUAGACAUCUACCUCCCGGGAAGGAAGACGUGAAACACCUGAGGAAAGUAGACAUCUACCUCCCGGGAAGGAAGAACCAUCUCACCUGAGGAAGUAAACAUCUACCUCCCGGGAAGGAAGAACCAUCUCACCUGAGGAGAAGUAGACAUCUACCUCCCGGGAAAGGAAGACGUGAAACACCAGACCGCGCUGCUGAGCCGCCAACAAAAACUAAAACCCCAAACACAACCAACGACCAAGCUGAACUAGGCCUCAGAGGUCAUCAUCACUAUGGCAAUGACCUCCAGAUGUUACACAACAGCCACGGAUAUGCACUGCAGCCAUCUUGCACAAAGUCACUCAUGUUUGUCAGCAGGACAGGGGUAGAGAGCAAGCAUAGCCAUGAUGGGUGGGGCAGACAGGAAGGAGUCAGGAGUCAGCCAUGGCCAUGAUGGGUGGGGCGGACAGGAAGGAGUCAGGAGUCAGCCAUGAUGGGUGGGGCAGACAGGAAGUAGUCAGGAGUCAGCCAUGAUGGGUGGGGCAGACAGGAAGGAGUCAGGAGUCAGCCAUGAUGGGUGGGGCAGACAGGAAGGAGUCAGGAGUCAGCCAUGAUGGGUGGGGCAGACAGGAAGGAGUCAGCCAUGAUGGGUGGGGCAGACAGGAAGGAGACAGGAAGUCAGCCAUGACAUGCUUCUGUGGGAUCAGUACAAUAACAACCCCCUCAAGCUUAGCCUAGCCUAGUAGGCAUCGCCAUAGUAACAACCCCUCAGAUCUCCCCUCCUCACAUCGUCCCAGCCCUCACAAGCCUUUACUCCCAUCAGACGUCACAGACCGGCAGCUGGGAAUGACUAAAUACAAACAGCCGUUAUAGCGACAGCCACCAUGGCAACCCUCCCCUUCCCCUGACGACCCGCUCACGCCCCAUGCCCCACCUCGUUGCCGUGUGUUCAGAAUAGUACUGUACCUGUCCCCUCCAUGAAGUCGUCACCAUGGCAACCCCUAAAGGCAUUGUUGUAACCCCAUUUACCAAGAGCGGAGCAGAAUAUGCAAUACUGACCUGACAUCACACGUGUGACAUCACACCUGUGACAUCACACAGGUAAGAGUGACCCUGGUCAGGCUAUGUUCUUCUGAGGUUAUUGCCCAUGACCCCUUAAGCUCCACCCUUGUUCUGAGGUCAUUGCCCAUGAUCCCUUAAGCUCCACCCUUGUUCUGAGGUCAUUGCCCAUGACCCCUUAAGCCCCACCCUUGAUUGUCAGAUCUGAUGUUAGACACUAAUCCCUCCACCCUUCUCCACCAUUUUAAACUGCCUUUUCAGUUCUUUGGUGUAGUUUCUGCAGCUGCAAAUGCAUUGUUUUUGCUCUUUAACUUAUUAGCAUGAUAAUUAGCAUUAGCACGCUAAUUAGCAUUACCACGCUAAUUAGCAUUAGCAGGCUGAUUAGCAUUAGCAGGCUAAUUAGCAUUAGCAGGCUGAUUGGACAGACAACAACAGAAUGCUACUGAGACUUGCCUAGACUGGCACCGGUUUAGCUCAAUGAUAACCAGAGCGUAAUGGUCCGUACAAUCAAUUAGUACUUUGUCAAUUUGGAAGGACCAACUCUGUUCAGUUGAUUUCACCUUCAGAGGGAGUGUGACGCAGUGCCAUAAUAUAGAACAGUGGUGUGACACAGAUUUGGGUUGGAGUCACGGUGGUCAAACAGGAUGUCUCAUGCAGCGCUGAAUGUCGAACUUGGUAAUACUCCAUCAAGCCUUUAAUAUCUUAGCCGGUUAUUUAUUUAUUUAACUUAUUAUUUUAUUCGAUUGAUUGAUUGAAAAAUCUGAAAUGAUGUGAUUUGUAAUCUUUUGUUACGUUCAGUACGUCACUCCUUUUGAUUUUGAUCUGAAACCGCCUCAGAACAUACACAGAACAUCAGAACAUCAGUCCAUACACAGAACAUCAGUCCAUACACAGAACAUCACUAAGAGAUUAGGUGCUAAUAACAUAAAUCCGUCGGAAAUAUAAUUUGAAAUGAGUAAAUGUUAAAACAAAAAUAGCAAUUCAUUGUUUCUUGUUUCCUCAUAGCAUUACUAUCUACCAGGUUGCAUGGAGUUCUGUGAUCAGAUGUGAAACAAAAAAAAUAGUUUUAAUGUUAAUUUCAAGUUUGAAAUAUUGUUACAUUUCAAGUCAGUGUAUUGGCAUUGACCUAAAGAUGUAAACAUGCUUCAACCCUUCACGUGUAUGUGUGUGUGUGUGUGUCUGGUCUCUCAAUGCAUGGCAUUCUAUGUCCAACAUCUUACAUGCAUCAAUGCCAUGUCAUUUUGCCGAUGUGUGCAGAUCGGUGGCUUGUUUUAUAACAACAGAGUUUCUCUGUCUCCU